CCGAACUACGGUUCAUUCCGGCCUUGCUAGUUGUGUGAGCGACAUCAUAACGUGUAGCUCCAAGAGAAAAAACGUAUUUGAUGCGUGAUAUCGAGAGAAAAUACAUUAGAAGCGAAGCUAUCGCGAUCGUGUACCCAUCAUGAGAGUUCGAAAAACGUUCGUUCGUAUAAAUUACACGUGUAUCAAUACGAUCAAUCAAAAAAGAAUAUCUUCGUCAUUAGAGAACGAUGAUGCUCGUGGUGCCCGGAUAUCGGUCGCAGAGGUUCCUUCGUUCGGUGCCGGUCGUUGAUCUCUCUAAGGUACCUCGAACGAAUCUCGUUGUCUCAGACGCGCGCGCGCGAGCAUCGACCGAUCCUUUCUCCUUCUCUCUCUCUCUCUCUCUCCCUCCCUCUUUUUCUCUCUCUCUCUCUCUCUCUCUCACUCUCUCUCUUUGUUUUUCCGGUGGAUCGUUCAAUGCGAUCGGUGAUGAUCUUAAUCGGAAGCUCUAUAGAAGCAACUAAAUAUCAUAAAAAAAAGAAUAUUAACAGGAAAUCAUAAGAAAAAUUCUUACGAUUCAUAUAAUUCUUUUAAAUAGUUAUUUUUUACUUAGAAAAGAAAAAAAAUGAUCGCGAAUCUCGUGAUGAUCAAAGAUAGAAAAUUACCCGUCACUAACCUUUUGUUCUCUUCUUUGCAUUUUUCGCGUUUAUAGUCUGACGUCAAUAUCGAUAAAACGAUGCAAUGAUUAAAUAUACGAUGUAAUCUCACGUUUCUCCCCAUCGUUACGGGCUUCUCACGUUCCUCAUGCAAACGACAGUGACGGACGAAAGAAGAGGAGAAAGAAAGAGUACGACGCGGCUUAAUGGUUCGUUAGUUACAGAAAUAACGUAAAAGGUGAAUCUCGGAUGCAAAACGUCGAACAGCUGAUAUUGCUGCGCGCCAUUCAAGAGUGCAAAUGACAAGGUACAGAAAAUGUUACGCUCGUGAAAGUGACACACGGUGAUUUAAUUUUUAAGUGAUAGCGUUAGAAGUAAUGUAAUGGAUGCAUCUGCUACACAUUAGGAACCAUCGAAUCUGUGGAUCUUUUAGAAAGAUACGGAAGAGUUUGAAGGAUAGAGAGAGAGAGUCUAUUUUCGAGAAAAGCAAUAUAUUCGGUUAAUCCGAGGUAUGGAUCGCAACUAGUUCGAGGAUAGAUUGAAUGGAAGAAGAAAUUUGUUGGUUACCGUGACGGAAUGUGAACGGAAUAACACGACGGGGGCACGGUUUAAACAUUAAAUUAAAUUGAACCGUGACAGUGAAAGUGAGUUAACGAUGACGGAUAGUAAAAGAGAGAUGAAAAAUCGAACAAUGGAUGCGUCAUCUCGACGAAUUUCUAUCGUCGAAAUGCAUCGACCUUACGUGUUACAAUCAUCGCGUACAAUGACCCUUGUCGAUGUCGAGGAGAUCAGUGAUUCGAUGUUUCCUUGUACAAACUGAGUAAAGAUCAGAGAAUAUUUAAAGAUAGAUACUCGGGCACGAACAAUGGUAUUGAUGGCUUGAAAUCUUUUUUCUCUUUUCAAUGGAUCAAUGCGAUCUUUCGAUCGACGAGGAGGAAGUAGUAGAAGAAACGGAUCGCUUUCGAAUACGAAAAAGUUACUACUCAGAUAUAGUCGGGUUAUUGAAAACAGCAAAAGAAAAAGAAAAAAUACAGAAGCGGAGGUGAUUGGCUAUUGGAAAGGUUAAAGAAGACAUAAGAAAAAAAGAAAGAAAGAAAAAAAGGAAAUGGAAUUGAACGGUACAAUGGAAGAGGAUUCUGCUAAUAUCACUGAUCUACCGGGUCAACUGCCGAAUAUUUUAAUUGACACCGGACAAAGUAAAGAGAAUGAGACUUACGAACGUGCGGAGAAUAACGAGAUCGAGCACGUGCUUGUGUUGACGGCGAAGGCAACUGUGAUGGGCUUCAUUAUUCUUUGCGCUCUCUUCGGCAAUCUGCUUGUAAUCGUUUCUGUAAUGAGGCACCGUAAGCUACGAGUUAUUACCAACUACUUCGUUGUCUCACUGGCGUUGGCUGACAUGCUUGUCGCGAUUUUCGCGAUGACUUUCAACGCCUCAGUUGAAUUGUCUGGCAAGUGGCUCUUCGGUUAUUUUAUGUGUGAUGUCUGGAACUCCCUUGAUGUCUUCUUCAGUACCGUGUCGAUCCUCCAUCUCUGCUGCAUCAGCGUAGAUCGUUAUUAUGCCAUCGUUCAACCACUUGACUAUCCUCUAAUCAUGACAAAUCUUCGACUCGGCGCGAUGCUCAGCGUCGUUUGGUGCUCGCCGACGGUGAUGAGCUUCCUUCCUAUUUUCGCCGGGUGGUACACAACCGAUAAACAUCUCGAGUACCGAAAAAAAUAUCCCGACGUGUGCGUGUUUCAAGUGAACAAAUUGUAUGCGGUGAUCAGCUCAAGUGUAAGCUUCUGGCUACCUGGGAUUAUCAUGAUCGCGAUGUAUUACAAGAUUUAUCGUGAGGCCGAUCGUCAAGAACGAAUGCUAUAUCGAAGCAAAGUGGCGGCGGCUCUUUUAAAUAAACACAUGCGAUUUAAUGGUAUUUCUGCGGGUCUUACAUCAUUACCCACAAUAGACCAAUCGUCACAUGAUCUUCAACCGGAAGAGCCACCAAUCACCAGCAGCAGCAAGAUGAAACGAGAGAGAAAGGCAGCCAGAACACUCGGGAUCAUCAUGUCAGCGUUUUUAGCUUGCUGGCUUCCCUUCUUUCUCUGGUACAUCAUCACAUCUCUCUGCGAUACCUGCGAAUGCGGUGAUAUUGUAGUCGCUGUAGUCUUUUGGGUAGGCUACUUUAACAGCGCUUUGAAUCCAUUGAUUUAUGCAUACUUCAAUCGCGAUUUUCGAGCUGCAUUCAGAAAAACACUAGAGAGUUGCUGCGCAGCAAUAGGACCAGUACGAGAUCUAAGAAAAAGUCACAAAAAACAAGACUUGGUACAUAGCAACGCGUCAUCGGAGCUUCACGUUAACAAUCAGUUAAGGACUAGUGAAAUGACGAACGUGCAUAUCGAAGCAUGCAUUUAAAUCAAUCAUUGAGAAAUGAUAUCCUUGAAAAACGAAAAAUAAUGUUCGAAAGAAACGUAUAAAUAUCAAAUGCAAUAUAUAAAUUUAGAAAGCAUUUUCAUCAUCAGCAUUUGGUUCAGAAUCGAUCUAUCUUGAAAAUCUGUUUUUGUAUAUCAAAAAUAGCAUACGUUUGCUUACAGUAUCUUAUUAAUCGAGAUUUUUUUUAAUUGUCGUCUCUCUAAAAUUGCAAACGAGUAUUUACCAAAGAGAUAAUUAUCAAUUAUUCGAUAGCUGUUUGAUCUAUCUGUGGACAAUCAUCUCCAAGAAUGAAUGAAAUGAGCAAAAGAAUUCAUUGGAAAAUGUCUGCCAUUCUUUUCGCACCACACUGCUUAAAAAAAAUUUCUUUGAAGGUACCUCUACAUUUUGAAUGAAAAAUGAAAAAAACAGAAAUAUUAAUUGAAAUUUUGCAGUCGAGUUAAAACAGAUAACAAGACAAUUUACACUAGGAGAAACGAUAUCAAAUAUCUUGGAUACUUACAUCUAAAUCAUAUUAUUUUGGUUAUCGAGUGAGAAAUACAAGUCUAAAUUCCAAACAUUUAUCCUAGGGAUUCUAUCCCGAUAGCUCUAUCUGGUUCGUAAAUAAGGUUUCUGUCGAGAUAGAUUAAUGCCCCGAUUUCAAUAAUAUGUCUACAAUGAAAACGAUAAAAUCUGAAUGAUGAUCAAUGAUCAUCAAAAUCUGAUCAAUGAUCAAAAAAAUCUGAAUGCAAGAUCAUUUCUUCCGACUAAAGAGACAUAGAUAUUUAUGAAUAUCAAAGCAUAACUAUAAUCAGAGAUAAACAUACAUAUUGAAUCUAUGCCGUAUGCAGUAUAUACGGUAAGCAGCAUGGAAGAGGCCAUUAAAUCAACGCGAAAUGAAUCUGUCAAAGGACCGGCUGUCUCUUUCGAAAGAGAACACCUUCAUAUCGAUCGUAAGCUACCAUUUUCGUGCUCCUAUUCUCACGUAAAGUUCGGACUAAAUAAAAAACUUCUCAACACCCACAAAAAUCUCUUAGACCUUUCGCGAAUGAGAAAAAGGUAAAGAAAAUUCGCAACAAUCGGUACGUUUUAGGCUGAAUAAUUGGAAACCCGAAUGACUUGAAAAUUAUUUAAGAACAAAGGAUUUCAAUUUACCAAGGGCAUUAAUAGUAUAUGCAUACGUCAAGAGCCGUUAAUAGUAGGUAAAGAGUGAAAUGAUCUAUCGUUAAGCCAAUCUAAAGUAACUGUCUAAUUUUUACUGACACAAAGGCGCCCUCAAAGGAAAAUUAAAGGAAAAAGAUGGAGAAAACGAUUAGGAGGAAAUGUGUUUUUCGACUGACCAAAAAUUGUAAGUAAUAUUAUUGAUUAUGAAUGUUAAAAGAUUUAAUUAGUAAAUAAAGGAAAAAAAUGUUCAUCUUAUACCUAGUCAUUUAGCGAGAACGUGUAUUCAAAGAGAAUGUUAACGCGAACAGAAACAAUGGAGAAAUUUUAAUGAAAUUAAAUAAAAUAUAAGAAAUGCGAAGUAUUUCUUUUGUACGUGAUAGAUCGAUCUUCUUACAAUCAAUCAUAUAUCAUUUUGUAUAUAUAUAUAUAUAUAUAUAUAUAUAUAUAUAUAUAUAUAUUGCAUUCAAAUCUAUAACGCUCGAGAAAUAGACUUCCAUUUUACACAAUCAACUUUUGCAUAUAAAUGUGUCUAUUUAUUGCGCGUAAGUGUCAUAUUUCUAAUUUGUGUCUUGGAUAAAAAAAAAAAAAAUAUAUAUAUAUAUAUAUAUAUAUAUAUAUACAUAUAUAUAUUUAUAUAUAUAUGAAAUAAAAUGAAGAGAGACAUAAGAAAUCGUUUAUCAUUAUAGUCAAUCAAUCAUUCCGAUAUAAACAAAAAAGACAUGCCAAAAAUACAUAAAAGAAAAAGUUCUUACGCAUAUAUAAUAUAAUGUAUACAUACAUAUGUGCAUAGCAAUAAGAUGAAUAGGUUGUUUAAUUUGAUUAUUAUCGAUUAUAGAGAUUUAUUGUAAAUUGUUAACUAUUACAUUGUGUAAUACCAUAAUAUUUCCUAUGGAAAGCUCGUCAGCAUUUUAACUGAAUACUUUAAAUAAGUAAUGUUUAUCGUACGUUGUAAAGAUUGUUUGGGAAUUUAUUUAACUACUUACUGAUCAUGAUCAAUACUUAUAAAACGAAAUAUAGAAAUUCACAAAGACCCGUAUAAAUAUUCGUGUAAGCAGAGAGUACAGAACAAUCAUUAAUAUAAGAUCAACAACGAGACGAUUUUUUUUCUGAAUGCAUUGAACUAAUGAUUUUUCUUUAUGCAACUGGAACGUUUUUAAAAAGUAUUAAAUCGUUUCACAACUCGUCAACUUUGUAUAUCCUGUAUCUAAAGUUAGACGUAUGAGAGAUUAGCAAUAUAACUUAAUGUACAACGUCAUAAAAUUGGUGUUUACAAAAAUGAAGUGGCACUAAAAAAAUACAAUUACAAUAAAUUACAAAUGUAUAGAAGUAACAAAAGAAUUUAUCCGUAAAUCAAAAAAAAUUUAUGGGAUAUUGUAUUCUUGGAUAUAAGGAAAAAAUCGAUAUUAUUAUUAUUAUUAUUAUAAUAUGUUCAAGUGACAAUAGUUAAAAGAGAGUGAAUAUUUUUAUUUCCUAUUUCGCACAGUAAAAAGCAUAUCGACCUAAAGAAAAAUUAUUCACACCAGUGUAACAUGUGCUUGUGUGGAUGAAAUCUUAGCGUGUUAAUGACAUCAGAUCUCACGCAACGUAGAGACAUACAUCGCAUGUCACGAAAAAGAGAAUGCGAACCUAUCAUCUGGAAAUUUGUGGAUUUGCCCAUAUAGAAAACUAAUAAAAAUAUUUUAAAGAAAA